AUGGCUCCACCACCUUCCAACGGCGUCGUUUCUCCAUUUGUGUGUUUCAUUGUGAGAGUACUAACGCUGAUGUGCCUAUUCUCCCCGCUCACCCUCCUCACCAUCGACACCGCCACCGCCACCGCUUCUGUUUCCGAUUACGGCGACAUCAAAGGCAGAUAUCUAUGUGCGGCAAUCGUGAUUGGGAUGGCGUACACACUCUUGCAGACCUUCUUCACACUAUUCCAAGCGGGCACCGGCGCUCGAUGCGUAGGAGAUGGCCUCGUCUACAUUGAUUUCUAUGCUGACAAGGUUGUGUCGUGUAUACUUGCAACUGGAGCUGCUGCAAGUUUUGGGAUGAUCCAAGAUUUGAAGAUUAUGGUGGAUGUAAGUGGUCUAGUCAUCACCCAUUUCAUCGAUGUCACAAACGCUGCAGCCAGCCUUUGCUUUGUGGGGUUUCUCCUCACAUUCGUUUCAUCAGUCUUCUCAUCCUUUGCACUCCCCAAACUGCAGCAUAAACAAGUCUGUGAGGGGGAGACAGAGACAGAGAUGGAGGCUUAUUAUUUCAGUGUUGUUUAA